AUGAGAAUCAAUUCUUCCUUUGUCCAAUUAUUUGUCACCCUAGCUCUUCUAUUGGGCCAGGCCAAACCCGACCCGGAUCCCCUUCAGGAUUACUGCGUAGCAGAUACAAAAAUUCCCCAGUCAUUUUACCUCAAUGGUGCACCCUGCAUCAAUCCAAAGCUAGCAAACUCAUCCCAUUUCACCACAUCUGUCCUAUCCAAGCCAGGCAACCCGAAAGCUAACCCUUUCGGGUUCAACGCGACCCUGACGAACACGCUUAACCUACCCGGGGUCAACACAUUGGGCCUGACCAUGGCCCGGGUUGACAUAGCGGCCAAUGGGAUGGUGCCUCCACAUUUGCACCCAAGGGCCUCAGAAGUCGCAAUCUGCCUCAAAGGGCUCCUUCUUGUGGGCUUUGUGGACACCUCGAACCGUGUGUUUACCCAGCAACUGAAGCCUGGUGAGUCAUUUGUGUUCCCAAAGAGCCUCGUUCAUUUUCUGUACAACUACGACUCCGUGAACCAAGCACUGGUCUUGGCCGGGUUCAGUAGCCAGAACCCUGGUGCACAGAUUGUUUCACUUGCCACCUUCACUUCAAAGCCUUCAAUCCCAGUUGCUAUAUUGAAGAAUGCUUUUCAAAUUAGUGACCUGGACGUUGCCAGGAUUCGAAAGAACUUGGGAGGUUGAACAUAUUUAUUUGUUUAUUAUACAUGUUGCUUUUGCAUAUAUGGCUGCGAGGAAAGUGGAAAGUUUAGCUUAGGUUUUCAAAUAAAUACACAUGCCAACGGUCACAUAUAUAACUAUAUAAUAUAUUGUAAUAUGAAUGGAAAAUAUGAAGCAUGUGUAGAAAUGGAAAGAAUAAA